AUGGCUACCCUCCAUUGUAUGUUUCUUGUGUUUUCUUCCAAUUCGGACAAUCAAAGCUCGAAAGCAUCCAGAGGAGCUCAAAGUGUUCUACCACUUGCUUUACGUGUCCAUAGCGAUAGCGAUGUUCCUCUUGUUUCUCACCAUAACCCAGAGAACAUUGCUUUCUCUCAAGCUGGCUAUGCCGGUGACGUCGCGGUCAUCGUCGUCUUAAUCUGUCUGCCCCUUCUGAUAGCUAUUAAAGAAGAACUUUUUCUCUUCAAACUCAGUAAACAAACCAUGAAUCCUUUUGUUAUUGUUUCGAUUCCCCGUGAACAACUUAAGGAAAUUUCAAAAAAAAUUUUGCCGAGUGUCUCAAAUGUAUGUAAGGAGCCGCAAAGAGGAGAAGAUUUCAUCAUCUUGCAAGCUCUUCUAAGCAAAGAUAUGGCUCUUAUUUUGAUAGCGACGGUUUCUGCAUGUGGGUCGUCCGUUGCAGCCAUUUACAAUCUUGGGCAGAUCGCCGAGUCACUUAAAUAUCCAAAUCAUUCCAUAAGUAUUUUGGUUUCAUGGAUUUCCAUAUUCAAUUUCUUUGGUCGGGUCUUCUCCGGUUUCGUCUUUGAAACCCUUACGACCAAAUACAAAUUACCCCGCCCUUUCCUGUUCGGUCUUGCCCAAGUUUUCACCUGCAUCGGCUUGCUCUCCAUCGCAUUCCCUUAUAUAAAUUCAGUCUAUGUAGCUUCCUUGAUCAUUGGGUUUGGCCUUGGAGCCCAAACUCCAUUGAUAUUUGCCAUAAUCUUUGAUAUCUUCGGCCUCAAACAUUACUCGACACUGCUCAACUGUGGGCAACUGGCUGUCCCAUUUGGAUCUUAUAUAAUGAACAUGGAAGUAAUAGGGAGGUUUUAUGAUGCAGAAGCCACUGAAAUUGGAAAUGUGAAGAAUGGGAAGGGCCUAACUUGUAAUGGAACUCAUUGCUUUAGUGAAUCGUUCAUGAUUUUGGCUGCAGUGACGUUGUUUGGAGCGAUGGCUUCAUUUGUGCUAGUUUAUAGAACUCGAGACUUCUACAAAGGAGACGUAUAUAAGAAAUACAGAGAUGACAUGGAGGUUAAGUAUUCGAAUGUGAAAUUAUAUUCUUCCGAUGAUAAGAACAAUGAACACAAAAUGAAAACUCAUGAUCAAAGUAAAUAA